GUCCAUCAGCACUUCAGGGUUCUUCAGGCGAAUAGGUUCAACAGAACAACAGACUAGUGAAGAUGGUUUGGGACGGAGGAAUCGAGCCCAAUGGCACAGAGGGCAAGAACUUCUACAUCCCCAUGUCCAACAGGACUGGGGUUGUUAGAAGCCCUUUUGAAUACACACAGUAUUAUAUGGUAGAUCCGAUGAUCUACAAACUUCUAGCUUUCUACAUGUUCUUCCUGAUCUGCACUGGAACUCCCAUCAACGGUCUGACAUUAUUUGUAACGGCACAGAACAAGAAGCUCCGGCAACCUCUCAACUACAUCCUGGUGAACCUGGCUGUGGCCGGACUGAUCAUGUGCGCCUUCGGAUUCACCAUCACCAUCACAUCUGCUCUUAAUGGCUACUUCAUUCUUGGACCCACUGCCUGCGCUGUUGAGGGAUUCAUGGCCACACUUGGAGGUGAAGUUGCUCUCUGGUCCCUGGUCGUCCUGGCUGUUGAAAGAUACAUCGUCGUCUGCAAACCCAUGGGAAGCUUCAAGUUCUCUGGAACUCAUGCUGCAGCUGGAGUCGCUUUCACCUGGAUAAUGGCCUUUGCAUGCGCUGGACCCCCACUGUUUGGCUGGUCCAGGUACCUUCCUGAGGGCAUGCAGUGCUCCUGUGGACCCGACUACUACACUCUGGCCCCAGGCUACAACAAUGAAUCAUACGUCAUCUACAUGUUUGUCGUCCACUUCUUUGUUCCCGUCUUCAUCAUUUUCUUCACUUACGGAAGCCUUGUGCUGACCGUCAAAGCUGCCGCAGCCCAGCAGCAGGAGUCAGAGUCAACCCAGAAGGCCGAGAGGGAAGUGACACGUAUGUGCAUCUUGAUGGUCCUUGGCUUCCUGGUAGCUUGGGUACCAUAUGCCACUUUCGCCGGUUGGAUCUUCAUGAACAAGGGAGCUGCCUUCACCGCCCUGACAGCAGCUCUCCCUGCCUUCUUUGCAAAGAGCUCAGCUCUGUAUAAUCCUAUUAUCUACGUGCUGUUUAACAAACAGUUCCGUAACUGCAUGCUGAGCACAAUUGGAAUGGGCGGCAUGGUGGACGAUGAGACCUCAGUUUCUGCCAGCAAAACAGAAGUGUCCUCUGUCUCUUAAAUUUAGAGACCUUUUCAUAUACCUGGACAUUUUCCUUUCUGCUGUCUCUUUGAUCUGGAAUAAUCCUCGAUGUGGACUGAGUGAAAUUCAGGGACGUCUGAAUUACUUGACCAGUGAUGAACGGCUCCAGGAACAAACUCAUGAACUCAUCUUUUAUGUGAAGGAUGUUGGAAAGUGUUUGUCAUAUCGAUGCGAAUUCAAAAUCAUUACAAAUAAUGGUAAGAUCUGUGAACACAUGUAUGUGGAUGCUCACUUUUACUCCCCUUUCUGUCAGAGGCACAGUUGUCCCUGAAAUGUUUCUGCUAUUUAGCACCAUUGAAUCUACAUAGCAUCCUUAAAGAAGAUAUGGUUUGAAUGGCACAAUAUUUCCUUUUUUUCUUACAUCAGUGGGAACACAUUUUGUACUCUAUUUUCAAAAUGAGCAACUAUAUACAAUGUAAAACUUUUUGUCACUUGCUGUUUGUCAUCAUGAAUUGUAAACACUGUAUAUAUAUAAAAAAUAGCAUAGAUAAAUAAAUGCAUGCAUGAAAA